GUCAAUUUAGUCCAAAGUUUGGACACCAAAAACACCGUAACCAAACGCUCCCAAAAGGUUCACAAGGCAUUGAGCAAAACUGGAAGUGGAGAACUGGAAGAACAUAUCAUUUUGAGAGACAAUCGGCGGACAAAAUGAGCGGCGAGGCCAAACGCGGCGGUGCGACCGGCGGAGCAGGUGGUUUCAGAUCCAGAAUGGAGCAUUAUUUAUACAGCGGCGAAAAAAAGCACGUCGCCGCUGGCAUCGUCGUCAUUGGCAUCAUCUUCGGCAUCCCUUGGGUCCUCAUGAAUCGAGGAUCAAAACAUCAGUCUCAUCAAGAUUACAUGGAAAAAGCUGAUAAAGCACGAAGUCAGAGACUCUCUUCAGUAGCUCCUGCUAUAUCUUGCAUUUCCCCUUUCCCUAUUCUGACACUAAAAGAAGGCAAAUUAUACUCACCAAGUGAAAUCUUUGAAGAUGCCCGGAGUUAUGCCAGUGUCGAAUGAUUCCAAUUUAGACCAUGUGUGUUCAAAUCUUGGAUGUUUCAAGAGUUGUUCUUUGUUUUAUUAAUAUUAUUAUUAUUAUUGCUACCACUAUUAUUGUUCAUAUUUUUAUCAGUAUUAUUGCCAUCUAGGAUUGGGAAAAAAUCUAUUAAAUCCUAAUUAAGCCAUAGUUUUAAUCCUCAAACUGUUCCGAAGUGUAGUGAUCCAAUGCGGUAUUAGAGGUUGGACAAUAUGUUUGGACUUCUAA